AUGUACCUAGUAAUGUCGUCACAAGCCCACAAGCGAAAGCACAAAACUCUGACAAUUAAAGAAAAAUCUGAUAUUUUAGAUCGCUUAAAUCGAAAUGAAUCUUUCAGUAGUUUGCCAAGUGAAUACCUCGUAGGGCGAUCUACAAUUUAUGAUAUAAAAAAAAAUUAA